AAAACACCCAUUUGUCUCUCUUCUUCUUCUUCUUCAGAGGAGAGAAGAAAGCUUGUCUAGUCUUGUCUUCAACUUCAUACAUAUAAAGAGACAGAGAGACGAUUUAGCAUUGGCAAUGGAGUAUGAGAGGAUAGAGAAGGUGCAGAAGAGCAUAAUCUCGCCAACGAAGCUGAGAAUGAAGCUAAUGGGUCCACAGAAUAACAAGAAGAAAGAAGGAUCCAGCAAUAACUCUUCAAGAACAUCUCCUGUUCGUCUUCAGGUUUCAGAUGUCACAGAAUUCUCCAAGAACUGCUUGUUAGCGUCUAAGUCGGACUCAGAAGACGAUGAUCAUGUGGCGGCUUCAACUACUGAUAUAGAAGUAGCUAAACUACCAAAUGCACCAGCUUUGGAAUUGGACCUAACCGAGAGCAGUAAUCAAGGUGGUAUGAGAGAAACUGAUCAACCAAGACCCCAGCAACUCAAAAAGGGUGAAUUGAAUAUGGCUCUAAGACCACAAGAAGAUGAGAAUCUUGAUUAUGACAGUAACGCUAGCUCUUCAAGCUUCGAGUUCCACGGUGUUCGUAAUGAGCGUUCCACUCAAGGCCAUGCCUCAAGAGCAUACCCUUCAAGACAAGUCCCAUCCAAAUGGAGUGAUGCUGAGAAGUGGUUAAUGAGCAGACAGAACAUGAUGAUGAGGAAGAACGGUCAAGGGAACCGGAUGCCUGUGAGAGUUGUGCCUGAUAAUACAGGCUACGAGCAUAACAAGACUAGAAUGGAACCGUGCCAAUCCUCACAAGCUGACGCGUUCGAGAAGUUCCCUAACUUUGUUCACACGGCACCACAUCCAAUUCUAACCAAAGGGUAUUGUGGAAACUUGUUGAUCGAUCAGUCCACCCAAAGCAAUGAUCAUUUGGAUACAACAAAGGCUUCAUCACAUUGUAACACAGCAGCUGGUCCUGCGAUACGUUCUGUAUGCAUGAGAGAUAUGGGGACUGAAAUGACGCCAAUACCGAGUCAAGAACCUUCAAGAUCUGUCACACCAGUUGAUGCAACGACUCCUCUUCGCAGCCCUACUUCUUCUCUGCCGUCUACUCCUAGAGGAGGCAAACAAGAAGAGUCUUCUGUGUCCGGAGACGCGUCAAAGAACACAAGAAGAGACUUAUCUGAGGAGGAAAUGAAAGCUAAGACGAGAAGAGAGAUUGUAGCUCUGGGAGUUCAGCUUGGGAAGACGAACAUCGCGGCUUGGGCGAGUAAAGAAGAAGAGGAGAACAACAACAAAAAUGUAGAUGCAGAGGAGACACAGAGGAUUGAGUUUGAUAAGCGAGCAAGUGCGUGGGAAGAAGCAGAGAAAUCAAAACAUAACGCAAGGUAUAAGCGUGAGGAGAUCAGAAUCCAAGCUUGGGAGAGCCAGGAGAAAGCCAAACUUGAAGCAGAGAUGCGACGUAUUGAGGCUAAAGUUGAGCAGAUGAAAGCUGAAGCUGAAGCGAAGAUAGUGAAGAAAAUAGCAAUGGCUAAGCAAAGGUCAGAAGAGAAACGUGCUGCUGCGGAAGCUAGAAAGGCUCGUGAUGCCGAGAAGGCAGCGGCUGAAGUCGAAUAUAUCAGGGAAACCGGUCAAAUACCAGCUUCAGGUUACAAGAUAUGUUGUGGUUUGCUCUCAUGAGUCGUGCUUAUUUUUGUCUAUUUUUGUAAACUAGGAAUGGAUUUGUGUGAUAUAUAUAAAAUGCAUUUCGUGCUUCAUA